GAAGAAGCGUCGCCAUUUUAAGUGAAUGAGUUUCAUUUCACAUCGCAACUGUAGGACGGAGAACCUCAGGAACGUUUUCAACCUGUUUCUCUUUUAUACUGUUAGUGGGAAUUGACUGCUAUGAACUGAAUCUCUUCCUAGAGCCAAUCAACAAGUAGCUCAAAGUCAAGUAACGCAUAAGACAGUUGAUUUUUUGCACUGAAUGUAGAACGUUAGAGGAAAUGGCUGUGGAAAGCAUGACUGUCCAUCCAAACUCCCCAACAGCCAACCACGAACACAACAGUCUUCUCACUGACGAAAGGCAAGAAGAUGGGGAACUGGAAGAAGGUGAGCUGGAGGAUGACGGCGGAGAGGCAGAGAUGCCCAGUGGUGAGGGAGCUGAUCCCCAGGAUAAACCUCGCCGAAGCAAGGAGCACCAUGCCAGUGAAUCAGAUGAUGAAAAGUCUCAUCGGCGGAGGAGAAAGAGAAAGAGGGAGAGAGAGCGUGAAAAAGAAAAAAGGAGGGCCAAGAAAAAGCGUAAAUCUAAGCACAAGCGUCACGCAUCCUCCAGCGAUGACCACUCAGACUACAGUGACGAAUCAGAUUACAGCCCCAGUGAAAAGAGAAAAUACAGGGAAUACAGCCCUCAGUAUCCUCCCACUUCUCAAGGCGGUUACCCUCCUGCUCCCUCUGGUCAUGGAGGCCCCAUGCCAAAGAAAGGUGGCUAUAUGAAGAUGGACAAGCAGGGUUAUGGUGGCUAUGAUGACUAUGAGGAGGAAACAUAUGAAGGAGAAGAGGAUGAGGACAUGGGUGAGGAUGACUUUGAUGAUUUCACCAAGGAACUAAACCAGUACCGCAAGGCCAAAGAGGUCGGAGGUGGUCCACGUGGCAGAGGUGGCAAAAACCGCAUGAAGAACCACAGAGGUCGAGGCAGAGGAGCAAUGAGGGGACGUGGUGGGAGAGGAGGAGGCAGAGGGAGAGGACGGGGCAAAAUGGGAGGAGAGAAUGAUGAUGGUGAUGGCAUGUACGAUGAGAUGGAGUAUGGAGAUGAUGACUUUGACAACAUGGGAGACGAUGACUAUGAUGACUACUCAAAAGAGCUAAAUCAGUACAGGAAAUCAAAGGACAGAGGGCGGGGUGAGUUCUACUCGAAUAAUAGAUGUGGAAAAGGUGCGCGGGGUCGUGGGAGAGGCAGAGGAGGUCGAGGAAUGAACCGGGGGAGAGGGAGAAAUCGAGGGAGGGGCCGUGGAGGAGACCAAGGUCCCGAUGAAGAUAACAGUGGAGAUAUGGACAUGGGGGAUGGAUCUGGAGGCCCGAGGAGGAAUGAUCAGGAGAAACACGGACCGGACAAGAAGGGGAAAGCCAUCUGUAAAUACUACAUUGAGGGACGCUGUACAUGGGGUGACCACUGUAACUUCAGUCACGACAUUGAGCUGCCAAAGAAGAAAGAACUCUGCAAGUUCUACAUCACUGGCUUCUGUGCACGAGCAGAAAACUGUCCUUACAUGCAUGGUGAUUUCCCUUGCAAGCUGUUCCAUACAACAGGGAACUGUGUGAAUGGUGAGGAGUGUAUGUUCUCCCAUGAGGCCCUAACAGAAGAUACUCAAGAGCUGCUGGAUAAGAUGCUGGCAGAGGAUGCAGAAGCUGGUGCAGAAGAUGAGAAAGAGGUUGAGGAACUUAAAAAGCAAGGCAUUAACCCUCUUCCAAAACCACCCCCUGGUGUUGGUCUUCUCCCAACUCCACCAAGACCUACUCCAGGGGAUUCCUCUGCACCCGGAGACUUUGGAAUACCUGGUGCCCCACAUGGUAAUAUCCCUCCAAGUUGUCCAACAGCUCCAGGCCCUGGUACAGGCCCUGUUCCUGGUCCUGGAGUUGGGCCAUGCCCAGGCCCUCCUCCUCCCUGCCCAGAUGGAAGCACCUUCCAAGGGCCACCAAACCCCAAUGGCGGUCCUCCGCCACCUAUGGGUCCACCACCUGCUUGUGGAGGAAAUGCUGGAAAGAAGAUUCCAUCCUUAUUUGAGAUUGUGGUGAAGCCCACAGGACAGCUUGCACAAAAACUGGGUGUCAGAGGACCAGGUCCUGGCAAUGCUGCUGCAGGACCUCAGGGACCUCCUGCAGGUCCCCCAUGUGCACCUCCGCCUCGCUUUCCUGGGGCCUCACCACCAGGACACAUGGGUCCGGGUGGUCCUCAUGAUAUGCCUCCGAUGGGCCCAUCUAACAUGAAUCAAGGCCCUCCAUCAAUGGGUACAGGACUACCAAUGAUGCAGAACUUUGGCCAGGGAGAUGGACCACCAAACCCGGGCAUGAUGUCUCCAGGUGGUGGAACAUCUGGUAACAACUUUUAUGAUAACUUCUACCAGCAGCAGCAAGUUAUGUCGAUAGAUGGAAGUGGAAGAGAUGGUGACAACUUUCAAGGUGUGGGUGGUGGAAACUUCAAUGAUCAGUCACCUGGGAACCAGAACUCUGGAAGCAUUGAGGUUGCAGCUAAUGUAGGUCCAUCUAAUCAGACUGGUAUAGCAGUGCCAGAUUUCCUGCCCCCAACGCAGCGUGUGCUGUUUAUGAGACUCCAGCAGAAACAACAGGAGGAUGAGGAGAGAGCCAGGAGGCUGGCUGAAGGAGGAGGAACUGAGAGGGAGAAUGAAGGAGAUUCAGCAAACUGGUAUUCCAGUGAAGAUGAGGAUGGUGGUGGCAGUGUCACUUCCAUUCUUAAAACCUUGCGGCAACAAACACAAACCCAAGGCCCUGCCAAGCCGGAUGGAGCUCCCAGUGAUCCUCGUCUACAAAAGUCUCAGGCUGCACAGACACCCAGCCGACCAGCAGAUCCCCGCCUAGCACGAGACCCACGACUAUCCCGCAGCACAGACUCCUCUCAGGCACCUGAAGCCAGUGCUUCAUCCUCUCUAUCUCCUACCCCUUCAGAUCCCCGUCUUGCCCGGCAUGCAGCCGCCCAUGCACCUAAACCCGAGCCCCCACUUGUGUACAAACCCCCGCCAUUGACCGCCCCGGCCAGUAAUGAAGAAGAGGAAGGUGAGAGGAUGCUGAGGGACAAGCCCGUGCCCAUCCCCCUUGAUCCUUUAAUGGGCAUGGCUUUGCGUGAUCCCCGCUCCCAACUACAGCAGUUCAGCCACAUUAAAAAGGAUGUAGUACUACACAAGCCUUCAUUUUCUAAGGCAGUGCUGUGGAGUCCUGAAGACUUAAUUCCUAUUCCCAUUCCUAAACAAGACUUGCUCCCACUGCCCCCUGGCAUCCCUCCAGUUACCGCCAUUGAUCCCCGUUUGUCCCGUACACAGCCACAGCACCAAUCUGUCUCUCUCCCUCCUACUGCUCCUCCUGCUGAGCCGUCAAAUCAGUCCUCCUCUUCCCUACCAGACUUUGAACUGCUCUCCCGAAUCCUCAAAACUGUCAAUGCCUCUUCAUCCAGUCCUUCUCAAGGCGCUUCUACAGGAAUCUCUUCACCUCCGUCCGUCUCUGUCGAGAAGCCUGUUGACCCUCGCAUGGCACGAAAAGCCACUGCGGACCCCCGACUCCAGCCACAAAAAUCUGCCCUAAAGUCCACUUUGGAGGCAUCUGCUCCUCAAGGAUCUCCCCCAGCUGCCUCCCUAUCUCCACCUUCCUCCAGCCCUAGCAUCGCACCCUACGAUCCUCGGCUGUUAUCAGCGGGAGGGUCAGUUCGAGGUGUCGGAGCUGGUGGCGUAGGUAGCGGCAGCAGCAGCAGCAGUAACGUGCUGAGCGGCAUCAGUCUGUACGACCCUCGGACUCAGGGCUCGGACAAAACCGAGGGUUCAGGGACCUCUAGAAACACUAGUCCUCCCCCUGAGCCCAAGUCAAGUGAAAGUACAGCAGCUUCAUCUAAACCCAAGUCUAAAGAGCCCCUGUUUGUGCGCAAGUCUGCGCUGGACCAGCCGGAACCGGAGAAGAGCUCGACGGAGCAGACUACAGAUCGCUACAACAGCUACAACCGCCCUCGACCCAAACCUUCACCUUCACCCAAUGCAGGGACUGCUGCAGGGGCCCCUGCCACAGGCGGUCCAUCCGCAACUGGUCAGGGCCCUGCUGGUUCUACAGAGCAGCCCGCAGGAGUUCACAACCUCCCUGUUUCCACACUGUUCACCAUGGUAAAGCAGGUCAACAAAACAAGUGGCACUGGCAGCCCUCUUGGCCGCAAUAGCCCCGCACAGCCUGACGUGGCUGAACAGGACAAUGGCUCUCUAAAAGAUGUUUUCAAAGGCUUUGACCCCACAGCGUCACCGUUUUGCCAGUGAACUCUUCUAAGCCGCUUUAGGACUUCACAGAUAACCCGAUAUAUAUCAAAAUAUUCACUCUUGCCAGGUUACACACCACAGUAUUCACAUAUAGAUUUCUAUUGGACGGUUGGGAUUGGGAGGGAUUAUAUCUGUACUAGUGAAGAGAAAGAGAAAAAAAUAAAAGGCUAUUUUAAAACCAAAUGAGAAACGUUUAAAUAAAAUGUUCAUUUUAAGGACCUCUAUGCGUGUAUACAUCAAGAAAAACUGAACUACAUUAAUUUUGGCGUCACGAAAGACAAACACUUUCAUCAUCCUAUACUAAACAGGUUCUUUGGAUUAUGACCCAUUACCCUCACCCUAUCAUCCUGCUCGAGUUUGCCGGCUGACUUUUUUGGUCCACCUGGCUUCAGGGAGACUUUAUUUACUGCCACUCUCUUUGCCUCCUGCGGUGGAGCUGAACUAGUUCAUGUUGUUUGCUGGCACUUUUCAUUUGCUUCCCACCAUUGAAUUCAGAUCUUUUAAAAUACAUUUUAGCUAAAUUUCAUCUCUGCUUAGACUAGUUUGCUAAUUUUUCACGUCUGUAUGGAUGCCGCUUAUAUUCCUAUUGCUUCAAAUUCGUGUUUAGUCUAUUGAUACCACUCCACAGAUGAGACCUACCUUUGUAUGUGUUUGUGUCACAUGUGAAAUCAUUUUAAUUUAUUUUUUAUACUUAAGCGGUCUGCUUUUUUUUUUUUCUUCUUCUUUGUAACGUGGCUGUCAGAUUGAACAAUUUUAUAAUGUGUAUAUAUAUAUAAAUAUAAAUAUAUAUACAUGUGUAUAGAACAUAUUCUUCCCAUCUGGUUUGUAAAUUAACUUGAAUUGUGCAACAGCUAAUGUUGAUGGAAUAUAUAUCAUGUCAUUCUGUUGUUUUCUCACAGCUCUGUCAUGCCUUCCCUGAAACAGGUGGGAUGUCUCAAUGACUGCUCCGAAGUAUCUUGUUUUUUUUUUGUUGUUGUUGUUUGUUUGUUUUUGGUUGCCUCUCUGCAAAUGACGGCUUUGUAAAUUGAAAAGUGUCCAUAUUUGACAAAAGGUAACAUUUUGUAACCAUUCAUUGUAGGUAAAGUUGUGAAGUAUUUAAUAAAGGCAAUACCAGAUUGAAAACGAGCAGGACCUCAAACAGUGAGUGAA